UGUGCGCAUGCGCGUUGAAGAGGACCGUGAUUUUUGUGGGGUCGGGGGGUGCUCACUGUAUGUACGCAGAAGUGAAGAAACACACCAUGGCUUCAAGGAUUUGUGUAGUCCUCCUCCUUGGAGUGUUCCUCAGUGGACUGAAUGCAUCCAGAAUGGUAUUAAACUAAGAACUUUCCAACCUUUUCAAUGAGCUGUGGAGGCUGGAUACAAAUCGAAUGACGCCUGGUGUAGAUUACACCAUCUCAGUUCAGGGCCGAGCAGGCUUUGUAAGCCCGGGCGCACAGUUUGCACUCGAUCAUGCUUCCCUGCCUCUCUUCUCCAACGUCAAUGAGCUCAAGAUGAGGAACACCACCACCAUCUUCAGGCUUUUGAGGCUGCUGGACAAUUAUGAGAGGUCAACUGGCGUGGCUGAGCGUGUCACCACCGAGGAAAAGGUUGAGACCAGCCGCUUCUUGGAUGCCAUUUUAGAGACAGAAGUCAUGAAGCGUACACACAGAUACCUGGUGAGUAAAGGACAAUCUUCAUCUAACUUGAGAGACUUUAAGAGUCAGCUGCGCCUAAUCUGGUUUCACCUUUACCACAGACAGAGGAACACCGGGCCUGACUCCUGCGGCUUCGAGCACGUGUUUGUUGGAGAGAUCAAAUCGAACAGUGAAAUCACAGGCUUCCAUAACUGGAUCCAGUUCUACAUGCAGGAAAAGGGCAGCCUGCUGGACUACAAAGGCUACAAGGCCAAGGAGCACGAUUUGCCCGACGAGGACGACCACGUCAUGAGCCUCCAGUUCAGUUGGCAUAGCGUGCUCAAACCCGUGGGCAGCUCCUUCAUCGGGACCAGCCCCGAGUUCGAGAUGGCCCUCUUCACCGUCAUCUUCCUCAUGAACACGGAGAGAACCACCACGGUGCUGGUCAACAUCGACCAGUGUCAGAUGGAGCUGGUGGUCAUCCGACACGGACGCUCCCUCGGCACGGCCUACCCCAAACUGCUCAGCAGCAACAGCAGGCACAUUCGACAGCACUCACAAUGAUCUUUGAUUUGAUUUCAAUUCAGCUUUAUUCUACUUGGAAGCGGCCCACUGAGAUCGUAUACCUCUUCUCAGGAUUCCUGGCCAAACAAUAAUAAAGGCAAAUGCAGACUGAAAUCUACUCGUGACCUAUAAAGCAACUCAUGACCGAGUAUUGUUUGCGUUCUGGUUAUGUGUCAUUGUAGUGGUUUCCUCAUUAAAGGUUUAGCAAUAAAACAAGCAUAUCGGC